UGUCCAUUGCCCACCGGAAUCCAGUAAAAUUUGAUAUGACUGUUGACGUCGUUCCACUUCGUCUACUCGAUUAAACACUAUGCGUUGAAUUCUGAAUUUCACCCGUCGACAUAUGCGACCGAAUGAUUGAGUGUCUACAUAAGCCAAGAGUCAGAUAUCGACAUACCGUCACAACUGCGGCGAAAUAACGUCUGACCGCAACGAAAUGCAGCCAUUCCUGGAGAGGAAAAUCCAACCACAAACCAGAUCACCUUAUCACCGAUCGCUUUUUUCAAUGUGGAUGACGGCGCUGUCUGUCUUUGCAUUGUUCGGGGUUUCAACCCAGUUGAUGAUCUCGGGCCCCCCAUGGCCGCCGUCACAUCAUGAUUCCCACUCACCGUCGGGCAACGACGACUCUAACAGGCUAGUAAUAACACGCGACACCGACUCCUUCCGUAUCGCCAUAUUCGCGGAUUUGCACUUGGGAGAGAAACACAAAGGUGACGAGAAGGAUCGCAAUACAAGUCGCCUCAUGGAAUACGUCAUUCGUCAGGAAUCGCCCAACUUGGCUGUCCUCAACGGUGACUUGAUAGCUGGCGAAGACGUGAACAAGGAAACGGCAGCCAGCCACAUGUAUCAGGCCGUUCGCCCAAUGGUGGAUUCCAACCUUCCAUGGGCAUCAACGUAUGGCAACCAUGACAGCCAGUUCAACCUGUCGAGGGACCAAAUGUACACCGCCGAGAGGGAGGGUUACCCGGCGCUCUCAUUGACCAGGCGUAUGGGCCCCGAGGGAGCGGGAGUGAGCAACUAUUACGUGCUGGUCGAAAAGACCGGCACUGGCCCGGUGAUGAUUCUUUGGUUCUUUGACAGCCGCGGUGGUGCAGAGUACCAGCAAAGAAACGAGCAAAAUCCCGAGGCAAACAUUGAUGACUGGGUACUCGCCGCCACGGCGGACUGGUUCCGUGAGACAAGCAAGGACUUGCGCGCCAGGUUCGGCCAAUUGCCGAGCCUUGCGUUUGUCCACAUACCACCGCACGUCUUCCGCAGUGUUGCAGAGGGCGGUCUGGACGCGGCGCUGCUACCCGGUUUGAAUGCAGACGAGCGGCCACUGCAUAUUCAGGGGGAGGGACACAACGACGACGCGUUUGUCAAAGCACUGAUGGACGAGAGAGGCUUGCACAGCGUGCACAGCAGUCACGAUCAUGGAAGCUCAUGGUGCGCACCCUGGCCGGAUAAGGAACGCGGAAACCUCCGGCGCAACGAGGGUGAGGAAGACGGACACGAUGAUGACAGGGCGCCGAGGAAGCCACCGAUUCUUUGUUUUUCGAAACGAACCGGCUACGGGGGUUACGGCAACUGGAACAGAGGAGUGCGCAUCCUGGAAAUGCGGCUGCCUCAGCUUGCAACUGCAGGUAAUGACACGGAAACCAAGUUAGAUCCGGGACUGCAGGUUGAUACCUGGGUUAGGAUGGAGACCGGCAAAAUCGUCACGCAUGUCAGUCUGAACGAGACAUACGGCAAGGACCACUAUCCGACCGCGAAUGGGGAGUGAUGGAUGCAAGGGAGGGCCUGAGUUGCCACACAGGGAGACUCGUAGUGGGCGAGAGUCAGAUUUACAGUAGGUAACGAUGGUAAUAGGUGACUUAGCAGAAGUAAAAUGAGCACACGAAAAUUUGACGCCGUACGUCCAUCUCGAUUGACCAACCGUUUAUCAAAGACGUCGAAGCUG